AUGGCGUCGCGCAGCCGCCGCCAAAUCAUGGCGGGGGAGGGGGGGUGCGGGGGGAUCGAUCCCGGCAGCCCCCGCGCUCCCGCCGCCGCCACGCGUCCUGACGUCACGCGGAGGCGGCGAUCACGUGAACGGAGGGCGGCGGGGCGGACCACGAGUGGCGGGGGGGGGGGGCGGACGGUAAGCUCCUUGUCCCCAGAGUGUCCUCAGGAGCCUCAUCUCCGCUCCCAGGGUGUACGUGGAGGAUCCGUCUUCGCCUGGACCGGGAUGGCGGCCGUGAGCCGGGCACUGAGCGCCCUGCGCCUCGACACCGUCCCCAAGCUCCUGCCGCCCAUCGUCACCCCCGUCCGCGGCAACUCCAACCGCGCCGCCAUCUCCCACCUGCACCGACAGCGCUACGGACGCCUCUACCCCGUCCUGCUGGUCAAAACCAACGGCUCCACCGUCCGCCUGCGCUACAAGGAGCCCAAGAGGAUCCUCAUGCUGCCCCUGGACAGCAACACGCUGCCCGAGGAGGAGCGCAGGGCACGGCUGCGCCGGCACUUCCCCAGCAAACCCAAGGCCGAGCCGGAGGAGACAUUCGAGGGCAUCGACCUGGACACCUACAAGAAGUUCUGGAAGAAGUGAGGAGCUGGAAUAAAAUUUAAAUAAAUUAAUAA